AAAAAAAUCCCUUGUUCAAAAACGAGACUAAUAAAAAUAUCUGAAAGAGGAGCUAUAUAAAUUGUGCCGGGAAAACCAUAACCACCAGUAUCCCAAAAUAAAACAGAAAUUCAAAACCCAGAAGAAUAUUCAAUUUCUCAAAGUAAACAUGCUAAUUCCUCUUUGCAACCCUUCUCUUUCUAUACAAUCAGCCCCAAUUUCUGUAAAACCUAACAAAACAAUUAUCUCUAUCACCAACUCUGCAUCUUCCAACAAUAGAGUAAGCACCCAACGAAGAACCAUAUCAGCAUUUGAAGCUCGAAUCUCACUCAUUUUCGCUCUCGCUUCUCAAUCCUUCUCUCUAUCCCAGCGACGUAAAUUUGUUGCUGAUGUGGCUACCGAGACUGCAAAGUACUUGUUUCCGAAAAGAUUUGAAAGCCGCACUCUCGAAGAAGCUUUGAUGACAGUUCCGGACCUUGAGACUGUCAAUUUCAAAGUUCUAACUAUAAGGGACCAGUACGAGAUUAGAGAAAUUGAGCCUUACUUUGUAGCCGAGACUACAAUGCCUGGGAAGAGUGGGUUUGAUUUCAGAGGUUCUUCUCAGUCAUUUAAUGUCCUUGCAGAGUACCUUUUUGGUAAGAAUACAAAGAAGGAGAAAAUGGAGAUGACUACACCCGUUUUUACCACUAAGAAACAAUCGGACGGGGUUAAAAUGGAUAUGACAACUCCUGUGUUAACAACAAAGACGGUAGAUAAAGAUGAGUGGAAAAUGUCUUUUGUAAUGCCUUCAAAGUACGGUGCUAACUUGCCACUGCCUAAAGAUUCCUCUGUGGCGAUUAAAGAGGUGGCCAGAAAAACAGUUGCUGUGGUUUCCUUUUCAGGUUUUGUGAAUGAUGAAGAAGUUAAGAGGCGUGAACUGAAACUAAGAGAAGCUUUGAAAAAUGACGGACAGUUCAAAAUUAAAGAGGGAACUUCAAUAGAAAUUGCACAGUAUAAUCCCCCAUUUGCUCUUCCAUUUCAACGCCGUAAUGAGAUUGCAUUGGAGGUGGAGUGGAAAAACAAGUAGGAACAAUAUUUGCCAAUAUACGGUCUCAAGGUACUUUUGAAUUUUCAUCAUUUCACGGUAAGCUGAAAAAGUUACCUGUUUGUUAUAUGAAUCAGACUCCAAUACAAGAUAUUUUGUACUCAUUCAUGAUGCUUGUCAUUUUUUUCCUUUUUUGUAAAUAGGUCCUGUACUCAAUGUUGAUGUUUGUCUUUUUUGUAUAUAGGUUUUGUACUGGAUAUUGUUGUUUAUCUAUAUAAAUGUAGACAGAUGUGUUUGUGCAUGUAUUGAGUUUGGAAAAAAUGUGCAUUUUUCUCA